CUUUAUUCAAAUGGAACUGCUAUAAGAGGAAUGCCUUCUUCUAUUUCCCUCUUUAGAAACCUUGUAGUAUUAUCCUUUGGUGGAUGUAGUGGACCACCAUCUCUUUCAUGGUCAUUGCCCAGAAGAAGUUCACAUUCCAUUGAUUUCCUCCUGCUGUCAGACUUAUGCUCCUUACAGCACUUAGAUCUAAGUCACUGCAAUCUAUCUGAGGAAGCAGACCUUAGUAAACUUGGUCUCUUAUCUUCACUGAAAAAACUAAAUUUAAGUGGGAACAACUUUGUUAGUUUGCCUUCAAAUGUGUUGAGUCGACUUUCUCAGCUGACAAGACUUGACCUACAUAAUUGCAGAAGCCUGCAAGCAUUGUUAGAGCUCCCAUCAAGUAUACAAUCAAUAGAUGCACAUAAUUGCACAUCAUUAGAAAUCAUCCCAAACCAAUCAAUUUACAAGUCGCUCUACCAUGCCUCAUUUAUGAAUUGUUUCAAACUGAUGGAGUAUCAAAGCAGCCUUGAAACUUUGUUCCUAACAGUGGCAAUGGAUGCUACCGAGACAGAUUUUCAUCUUCCCUUAUCCCAGCCAGUUCCAUUCAGCACUAUUCUCCCUGGAAGUGGAAUACCAGAUUGGAUCGGACAUCAGAGCACAGGGUGUGAAGUAAAUAUUGAGCUAUCUCCAAAUUGGUUUAAUUCUAACUUCCUGGGUUUUGCUCUUUCCGCUGUCAUUGAUUUCAAUGAUAUGCCUCAUGCCAACCAUGCUGAUCUGUCCUUCCAAAUUUGUACCUCCCUGAUUUCCAAGUCUGGACUGGUAUUUUAUUAUGAUGCUUUCUAUGAUCAUACUCUUGGACAUGCAUUAAUUGAGCCAGACCAUGUGUGGCUGGCCUAUGCACCAGUUUCUAGCUCCAUCAAGUGGCAUGAAGUGAACCACAUUCAGGCUUCAUUUCUUAUGAUCACCCACAUGCUCCCUGUGAUUAAGAGGUGUGGGGUUGGUCUAAUGUACAGUAGGGAAGAUGUGAAAGAUGACAGUCAAAAAAUAAUCCAACACAUCUCUCCUCUCUCUCAAAAUUCAACUCUCCUUCUUCAUGAAAUUGAUGAUGGGGAACCCAGUGCAAGUGGUUUCUCUAAGCAGGAAUCAGAAUGUAGUGAUUACUACACUGAUGAGGGGGAAUCUUAGUGGAAGUGCCCUCUUUGAAGUUAUGGGUGUAGAUUCACUCCUGAAGAUUCACUUCCGCAGAUACUGAGAGAAUCCACAGAUACCACCAUUCAACUUAAGGGCAAUUCCAGUCAACAAUGACAUCUAUUCCUUGGCACCUGGUUCAUUUGCUGCAUUGAGGCCCAUUUUGGAUCUUUCUUCUUGGUCGAAGCUUUAUCCACCUGCUCUACUGAAGAUUGAAGGAAAGAAGAGUCCC